AUGGCCAACCAAACCACCCAAUCCGAACCCCCGGCCCCCAACACCAUCAGCCUACGCGCGCCCUCCAAAUACUCAUCCGACGCGUCCAAGGCCCCAACGACAACCAGCGGCGAGCCCUUCGUGACGCCGCCGCUCGCCUGGCUCUGGCGCACGUGGUCGGUGACGCACUCGACGCUGUCCAUGUGGCGGUCAGCCAAGAACGUGCGCAUAACCUACAAGCCUUUAUCCUCGCCACCCGACGCGGCGACCGCGACGACCGCCAACGACAACCUGGUCGAGUACGAGAAGAGCAGCGGCAAGGGCGGCGUCAAGAGCGUCGCCGGCGUCGAGAAGCCCGACGCCAACAUACCGGGCGCCUGGAACUGGCGCGGCAAGGGCCUGCUGGCCAUCGCGAGCUCCCACUGGGAGGUCCUGGGCUGGGGCGAGCGCGAGAUCCUGGACGGCGUCGGCGAGGAGCGCGAGAGGUGGGCCGUCACGUGGUUCGCGCCCACGCUGUUCACGCAGGAGGGCGUCGACAUCUACAGCGAUCGCAAGGAGGGGCUCAGCAAGGAGACGGUCGACGGCAUCAUGAAGGCCCUCAGGGAGCUGAAGGACGCGCCCAAGGUUGUUGAGAUGGUCGAGAAGAGCAUGCAAGAGGUCGAGAUCACCUUACCGUGGCAGGAGAAAUAG